AUGGACGAUAACCCACACAAUCACUCGUCGUUGUCGAUAAUGCAUGCGGUGUCACAGCAAAUGUCGGCCCAUGUGGUGCCUCAGGGCCCUCACGGCUACGGUCUCGGCGGUCCCGUUGACCCGACCGGCGGCGCCGGCAAUGCCGUGGCCGACGGCGAGGCCCGCAAACACGAUAUUUCGGAAAUAUUGCAACAGAUUAUGAACAUAACUGACCAAAGUCUCGAUGAGGCUCAGGCCAGGAAGCAUACGUUGAACUGUCAUCGCAUGAAACCGGCGCUCUUCAGCGUCCUGUGCGAGAUCAAGGAGAAGACAGUUCUUUUUCGGACCAAAUACUAG